AUGGCAGACAAGCCAGCCAUGGGGAAAAUCACCAGCUUCAAUAAGGCCAAGCUGAAGAAAACUGAGAAACAGAAGAACACCCUGCCAACCAACGAGACCAUUGAACAGGAACAGAGGAGUGAAAUUUCCUAG